ACGUUCAAUUAGAUAUUACAUCAUUAUAGAAAUGGCGUCUGCUGCACUGCGUUCUGGGCUGAAAAUUACCUGCAAAUCUCCCGUAUUUCGGCGAUGUUAUUCUAAAGCAGUUUUGUAUGAUCAUGUAAUUGAUCGUCGGAUUAGCAGUCCGGCAAAGAUUCUUUCAGAUAGUGACAUGUGGGAUGAGUAUAAUUCCCUUAAAAGUUACUGCGAAGGGUUCGCUGCUAAUCAUGGAUACAAGGUUGACCCAAUGACCGUAUUUGCCAACAAUGAAGUUAGCUUGGACGAUAUCGAGGUAUAUGGAUUCGACUACGACUACACACUGGCCUGCUACAAUGAUGCAUUACAUCAUCUCAUCUAUAAGCAGGCUCUCGAUAACCUCAUUCUCAAGAAAAGGUUUCCCCCUGGUAUCCAAGAUAUGCCCUACAACCCAGACUACCCUAUCAGAGGACUUCAUUUUGAUACUAAGAAGGGUGUUCUGUUGAAAGUGGAUGCUUUCCAUCACAUACAACUAGGUACAGUGAGAAGGGGAUUGCAGGCAGUCAGUAAUGAAGAAGUGAUAGAGAUGUACGGUGGAACUCAUAUACCUGACGAAAUGAUCGUUGAUCGCAGCAUGCAUGGCUAUGAGAAAGGUCUACGUCAGUUGAUGGAUAUGUUUGCCACCGCCGAGAUGUGUCUCCUUGUCAACGUUAUUGAGUACUUAAGAACGCGUGGAUUUGACUACGAUCCCGAAUACCUCUUUCAUGAUAUCCAUAAUGCAGUCAAAGAAGUGCACCAAUCAGGUUCAAUGCACACAGAAGUUGCUAACAAUGUCCAUGAGUAUCUGCAGAUGGAUACUGGUAUACCAGAGCUACUUCAGAGGCUACAUGAUGCGGGCAAACAACUCUUCCUCAUCACCAACUCAGAAUUUGCUUUUGUGAACAGUGGUAUGUCCCACCUAAUCGGACCAGACUGGGCUAAUCUCUUCGAUAUCAUCGUAACUCAGGCGAGAAAGCCACAGUUCUUCAGCGAUACUACAAGACCUUUCAGAUCAAUCUACAGAAAGACGGGGACACCCUCUUGGGCUCAAGUAACGGAGCUUAAGAAAGGAAAGAUUUAUGUUGAGGGCAACGUUGAGCAGUUUACCAAACUAACAAACUGGCACGGUUCCGGUGUGCUGUAUUUUGGAGACCAUGUAUACAGUGAUCUCGUGGAGCCUUGCUUGAAGAAUGGUUGGAGGACUGGGGGCAUCAUACCUGAACUUGAUGAUGAGAUCGAGAUCUGUAACUCACUUCCUUUCAAGAGAGCGGUCAUAUGGUUGAAUGCACUACAAGACCUCAUUGAGGCACAUCAGGUCCAUGAGUCAGCUGACUGCAAGGCUGUAGUGAAUUCAUGGAUUGCUGAGAAACAUCAGCUCAGGAUGACAACCAAGUCUCUUUUCAACCAGCAGUUUGGCAGCGUCUUCCGAACGCACCACAACUACUCCUACUUCACCUCGCGUCUCUGCCGCUUCGCCGACAUCUACAUGGCUUGCGUCGGUAACCUGCGCAACUACUCCUUAACGCACACCUUCUACCCGCGCCGUACGGCCCUGCCGCACGAACUUUCGUACAAUUUCACAGUGCAAUGACCCAAAUCUGGAUGAACCUGUAAAGAUCAAGAACUUGGUUGCAAAUAUAGCUGGAAUGUUGCCAAUGGUUUGAGUACAAUGUGAUGUCAUUAUCCAAAGCCCUUCCUCCUCCAAAUAUGAGGCAGUAAGCGGAAAGAUAAGUUGCUUUUCUAAGCAGUUUACAAUGUACUUCGAAAAUGGGGCUCAAUGUGCCGAUAUUACACCAGCAAGUUGCAUAAUCUGAUCCUAAUUUUUAUCAGCAAAUAAGAAUUUUAAAUCGCUGUCUGGGCAAUAUAUUUGAAAACAUUUGUGACCAUGUUGACAGAGCUUUGAUAAUAAUGU